UGACAGUGCGUUUCUAUUCUAUUCUAUUCUGACCCUCAGCCAAUCAGCGCCGGGGAAUCCGUCAAAGCCGGAAGUCGUCAUAGCUGGCAAAGCGGUUUUCCCGCGAAGAUUGAGAGCUCGCCGGAGGUGAAGGACUGUUUGACCAGUUUCAAGUCACAUCAUCAUGAGUAAGAGGAAGAUGGAAAAUAUCCGUUUGCCAGUCGGGGAAUGCAUCUCUCAGGUUCAGGAGAUGUUGAGGGAGCGGUUCUGUCGUCAGAAGCUCCCCGACAGGCCGGAGGGAGUGGAAGCUCAACACAAACACCUCCUGGAGCUGCUGAAGAGGACCGCCGUCCACGGGGAGAGCAACUCGGUGCUCAUCGUGGGGCCCAGAGGAGCAGGAAAAACCAUGCUGCUGAAGUGUGUGCUGCGAGACCUGCAGGAGGAGAAGGAGGCUCAUAGAAACCUGCUCCAGGUCCACCUCAAUGGUCUCCUGCAGACGGACGACAGAAUCGCCUUAAAGGAAAUCACGCGGCAGCUCCACCUGGAAAACGCCGUCGGGGACAAAGUGUUUGGCAGCUUUGCGGAGAACCUGGCCUUCUUGUUGGAGGCUCUGAAGAAAGGCGACCGCAGCAGCAGCCGCCCGGCGCUGUUCGUUCUGGACGAGUUCGACCUGUUCGCCCACCACAAGAACCAGACGCUGCUCUACAACCUGCUGGACGUCUCCCAGUCCGCCCAGGCUCCCAUCGCCGUGGUCGGCCUCACCUGCCGGCUGGACGUCCUGGAGCUGCUGGAGAAGCGCGUGAAGUCUCGGUUCUCCCACCGUCAGAUCCACCUGCUGAGCAACCCGACGUUCGCCCAGUACCUGCGGCGGGUCCGGACCCAGCUCAGCCUGCCGGGCCACUUCCCGGACGGCGAGUUCGCUCUGGAGUGGAACGCCGGCGUAGAGGCUCUGUGUGAGGACAAGUCGGCGGAGGACGCGUUACGGAGACACUUCAACUCCAGCAAGGACUUCCGCUCAAUGCACAUGCUGCUGAUGUUGUGUCUGAGCCGGGUGUCCGCGGCCAAACCCGCCAUCACACCUGCAGACCUGCUGGAGGCCAGCCGGCUGAGCUUCGCCGACGCCAAGGCCAACAUGCUGCACGGUCUGUCCAUCUUGGAGCUGUGCCUCGUCAUCGCCAUGAAACACCUCAACGACGUCUACGAAGGACAGCCCUUCAACCUGCAGAUGGUUCACAACGAGUUUAAGAAGUUCCUGCAGAGGAAGUCAAACUCCAUGUAUAAAUUUGAGCAGCCUGUCAUCUUGAAGGCCUUCGAGCACCUGCAGCAGCUGGAGUUCAUCCAGCCGGUCGACAGCUCGUUGGCCAAAACUCAGAAGGAAUACCAGCUGAUGAGGCUCAUGCUGGACCACAGUCAGAUCAUGGAGGCCCUGCAGAAGUACCCACAAUGCCCCACGGACGUCAAGCAGUGGGCCAUGUCGGCGUUCGGCUAGCACUCUGCACGCAGUGGGACUUCACGUUGGACAGUUUGUGCUCGGCGCUGCAGUGAGAGUCAGAGCGGGUGAAGUAAUACCUCCGAGGUUUUGGGGAAGCGGUGAAAACGCGGACCAGAGACGCUUCAGAGGUCGGCCUCGCACACUGAACCGGACCACGGCGCCGACCGGCCAGAAAACAUGGCCGCCGGGAUGUGAAAUCUGAAAGUCAGGAUUAUUUACAUUUACUGUGGAGUUUACUUUAAAUAUUCAGAUAUCACAAAACAUAAAGAAACUAAGUUAUGCAUUAUUGUUGUGGAGGAUAUGAUCAAAUAAAAAUAUGAAUUACACACACCA